AUUUUUCUAUACUUAAUUAGAAGUUAGAAGUGUUUUUAUUAUUUCUCUACGUACUUAGCGGGUUUAAAUGAUAAUUUCUUCCCCCAGCUGUUCAGCGAGGACGUUUGCCGCCAACACAGCAUAGCCUUCCGGGUCAGAUGGCUUUGACCAACGGAGACGCCUUGAAUGGUCAUUCGUACCUGUCCAGCUUCAUCUCGCUCCUGCUGAGAGCAGAACCCUACCAGCCAUCUCGGUAUGCUCAGUGUAUGCAACCUAAUAACUUCAUGGGAAUUGAUAAUAUCUGUGAAUUAGCGGCUCGCUUGUUGUUCAGUGCAGUCGAGUGGGCAAGAAAUAUCCCGUUCUUUCCCGACCUUCAAGUAACUGACCAAGUGGCUCUACUCCGACUCGUUUGGAGCGAACUCUUUGUGUUGAAUGCCUCUCAAUGUUCUAUGCCUCUACACGUGGCGCCCCUACUGGCGGCCGCUGGACUACACGCCUCACCCAUGGCGGCGGACCGUGUGGUGGCGUUCAUGGACCACAUUCGCAUCUUCCAGGAACAGGUAGAGAAGUUAAAGGCUCUUCACGUUGAUGCUGCCGAAUACAGCUGUUUGAAGGCGAUCGUUCUCUUCACGACAGACGCCUGUGGCAUCUCGGACGUCGGGCACAUCGAGAGCUUACAGGAAAAAUCCCAGUGUGCUCUGGAGGAGUACUGUAGGACACAGUACCCCAACCAGCCUACUCGGUUCGGUAAGCUUCUCCUUCGCUUGCCUUCCCUAAGGACCGUCAGCUCCCAAGUGAUAGAGCAACUGUUUUUUGUACGGCUGGUGGGAAAGACACCUAUAGAAACCCUCAUAAGGGACAUGUUGUUGAGUGGCAGCUCUUUCAACUGGCCCUACAUGCCACUGCAGUGACCCUUGUAGAGGUCAUGAUCACAUUUUCAAUAUGCCCCAUCUCUUGUGGUGAUCAUUCCUCACUGAAGAUAGACAAUAUUUAGUAUGAAAAUCCAUCAGCACGUCUGGAUCCUAAUGCUAUUCUUUAUGGAAAAUGAAGAAAGUGAAGAGUACCGUCGAGAAACCGUGGUUUUUCCGGCCCCAAAAGUUCAAGGCUCAGUUCAAGUCAAUUACUUAUUGCAACAAUGUUUAGAAUAAGUACUGAAGAUAAACUUGAUGUAUAUACGCGUUGCCAGGACACAACACAUCAUAUAUUACUAUACGCGUUGCCUGGACACAACGCACUAUAUAUAUUACAAUAUGCGUUGUCUACAAACGACUCGUCAUAUUUUACUUAUAGUGGGGAAAAAAAAUUAAAACAUUUGAAACAUCAAAUUACUGUUUUGUCAGCGCUGUAUAGAGUAGUUUUUAUCAUUUGAACAUUUUGUUUUCGUUAACAAGAGAAAUACGUCGAAAUUGCUUUUAUGACAUGGAGUUGUGCUACGCAAGUUACAGAACAUUUUAUAAUCAUGACAAGUUCUUCUUCAUUAAGGCAGUUUUGAAGAAAACAGUUUAUAAUUUAAACAUGUCUACUUGUCUAAAAUCACGCUGUAAUGUAAAAAAAAAAGAAUUAUAUGCCGGUGAAAGUUUUAUUUCAGGUUUUAGCUGUCUCAAGAAUUACUCCUUUUGACUUAUUGCUUUGGUUAGUGAAAAUCUACAAUGUAGCCAGUUAUUCAAACAGAUUUUUUUUUUCUGUCCACAAAAUGUUGCCAUAAAAUGAUAGUUUAUUAAUUAUGUUUCCAAGACAGGUCGCUGACGUAAUAAGUGUUUUUAUAAAAUAUUGAUAACAUUUUGUUUUAGACGCUGAUAUCUAGUUGUACAUUGUUUAUAUCUAAGUGUUGUUGGGAGAAAGAGCUCUGACAUACAUAAUGUCUUCAUUCAAUUACUGAAACGUAAAUCCCUCUCUCAAUUAAAGCCUGAAAAACAAAUGUGUAAUGAGUAAAAACCCCAUCUUUCUAGACGACGUCAGUUAGUUACAGAAAUAUAUCUGGCCAACAUCUAAAUAAAAACAUGCAUAUCUUCAACUGACACACGUGCAGUAUAUUUAUAAAUCAAAAGAAGGACGUGAGGAAACGAGAUAUGGCGAGAAGUUGAUGUUUGGCUUGAAUAAGCGCCUCAGACGAAACGUUUCUUCAGGAAGUUGUCUGUUUCUUGUGAGAAACACAACGUUAAACGACAACGAACCAAUUAUAACUAGAAAUACAUUUUUGGUUAAUUAUUGACAUUGUUCUCUACAUGUUAAACGAGGAGACAUUUAUCUUCUUCUUUUUAGAGGCGACGUUAAGGUCAGCCAGCAGGUCUAAUCAAAACCUUAGGCGACGUUAAGGUCAGCCAGUAGGUCUAAUCAAGGCCCUAGGCGACGUUAAGGUCAGCCAGUAGGUCUAAUCAAGGCCCUAGGCGACGUUAAGGUCAGCCAGCAGGUCUAAUCAAAACCUUAGGCGACGUUAAGGUCAGCCAGCAAGUCUAAUCAAGACCUUAGGCAACGUUAAGGUCAGCCAGCAGGUCUAAUCAAGGCCUUUUCCAAGAUUAAAAUGUCUCCAGUCAAAACCAAUUAAGGACGGAUGUAGUCCACUGUACUUGAAAAAAAAAAUAAAUCAUAAUAUGCUUGUGUAUCAUCACUUGAGGUCGGCACUGCUAGAAUGUUGUAGGAUUCACAUGAUAUCUGACCAGCCACAUUUUGAAAGAGUAUAUUUCAUAUUUUGAAUGAGCAAAUUGAAGAAUAUUAUUCUGAAGGUUUUCAAAUAAAUUCUUAAAGUAUUUAUAAUAAAGCAAUGUGUCCUUUUUUUGUGAGGACCACACUAGGUUUUAACCUCGUCAUUACAUAAAACGAGCAAUCUUAUUAUUAAACUAAAUAACGACGUUCGUGUUAGGUUGUUAUGAGGACAUAAGGACCACACUAGGUUUUAACCUCGUCAUUACAUAAAACGAGCAAUCUUAUUAUUAAAUUAAAUAACGACGUUCGUGUUAGGUUGUUAUGUUGUCCUAGACGAAAAAAUUAUGGUUGUCACCGAAUUAGAUUGUAUAUUGCCCAAGGCAACAUAUUUGGGUUGUCACCGUGUUAGAAGUUGCUAUGUUUUCCAAAACAUCAAUCAACUUAUGGUUGGCACCAUGAUACGUUGUCACGGCGUUCAAGACAUCAACUUGUGGUUGUCACCAUGUUAGGUUUCCACGGCGUUCAAGACAUCAACUUGUGGUUGUCACUAUGUUAGGUUUCCACGGUGUUCAAGACACCAACUUAAGGUUGUCACUAUGUUAGGUUUCCACGGUGUUCAAGACAUCAACUUAAGGUUGUCACUAUGUUAGGUUUCCACGGUGUUCAAGACAUCAACUUAAGGUUGUCACUAUGUUAGGUUGCCAGGUUCCCAAGGUCUUCAAGAAAUCACCAGUAGAAUGAUCUCUAAGUUUGUUUUAAUAUUCGAGAAAGUAUUUUUUGUCUUUUAUAUCAUUCAAAUUUUUGUAUUACACAAAUAAAAUUGUUUCGACGAGGUUUUAACAUUUAUCUAGACACGUGGCAAAAAAAUAAAUAAACAAAUGAAAUAUGA